AACCAGUACAUAGUUAACACUACAGUCCAUUCAGUACCUUUUUAUCUAGUGUACAAGUAAUAUAUGAACAAUCAGAUUUUUCCAGAGCAAUAUGGAUAUAGCAAAGGAAUUAGUAUUAAAUUUAAAACAAACUAAUAUAUCACAUGCAGGGUAUGGUUUACAAAAAGAAUGUGAAUCUCUUAUUGGUCAUAUUUUGCAAAACAUGGUAAAGUCUCAAUUUCCAGAAUUAAUUCCUGAAGUAAAAAAUGAGGAAGACUCUAUCCACUAUAGAGAAGAAGGAAACCAACAUUUUGUAAUGGGUGAUGAUAAUGAAGCUAUAAAAUAUUAUACAAUGAGUUUAGCAUAUGCAAAUGAUAAUAAACUUAUGUCAUAUGCUUAUGCCAAUCGGUCUGCUGCUUUAUAUAGAAAACAAAUGUUCAAAGAAUGUUUGAUAGAUAUUGAUGCUGCUUUAAGUCUUGGAUAUCCAGAAGAAAAAAGAAAAAAUCUGGAAGAAAGGGCAGCCAAGGCUAUCGAAGAAAUUAAGAAAAGAUUACAACUUACAAAGGACGAUCAUAUUGAUAUAGAAACACUUAAGAAUAUGUGUUUAUCAGAAAAGAUAAAUGAGGAACCUGGAGGUGUAAGAUAUAGAAAUGGAAAUGUUAAACUUUCAGAAGAUUUGAAUAAAAAUUUUAGCAUCAAUGAAAAGAAAGAUUUAAUCAAUGAUUCUAAUGGAAUAUCCAAAGAUAAUGAUAAGGAAAAACAGUUAAGAUACUUAGCUGAUGAAGGUCCUUUAAAGUUAACUUAUGGUCCAAGUAAAGAGGCUCCUGCUGCUAGUGACGGUAUCAGCAUUUCUUUUUCUGAAAAAUAUGGGCGUCACUUAGUAGCUACAAAGGAAUUUAAACCAGGAGAUGUAAUUACUAUUGAAAAUCCAUAUGCUUAUGUUAUUUAUACACAAAGAUAUUAUACACACUGUCAUCACUGUUUAUCAAGAAGCUAUAAUUUAAUUCCUUGCUUACACUGUCCUGUGGCUCAAUACUGUUCAGAAAAGUGUAGAAAAUCAGCUUGGGAAAUGGCUCAUCAAAUAGAAUGUCCAAUUAUGGCAUUAGUAGGAAACUUACUUAAUGUUGAUAAAGAUAAGAUACGAAUGCUUACCAAAAUUAUUAGAUUCCUUAUUGUAGUAACAUCAAAGGGCAAGAAAUUUGAUGAACUGCGAGUGGAUAUGGAACUAGCUGAAUCUAAUCCAGAUAACAGAUCUGCAGGAUUUACAGAUGAAGGCAUAUUGGACAGUACCAGCGCACGAUCUGCUUUGAGUCUCGCUACCAAUAUGACAACGCGACCACUUAUUGGAAUCAGUGCUUUUGCUUGUAUAUCAGCUCUUGCAGCUAUCCUCUUAGCCACUCAGACUAAUUUCUUCUGCAAUAAAUAUGAAGUGGACCAAUUAAAAGAUAUUAGCAAUUAUCCAAAGAUCAUAUUCUCUGGAAGCCUUAUGUUUCGCGCCUGUGUUAUAAUGUCUUCAAAUUGUUUUUCAGUGCAACAAGAACCAGGAAUUAAAACAGGUUCAGGAUUAUAUGUAACACAUAGUUUGUACAACCAUUCUUGCGCACCAAAUACAUUUCGUCAUUUUGAAGAGCUAACAAUGAUUACUCGCGCUUUAAGACCAAUAUAUCCUGGAGAUCAAAUAUUCACAAAUUAUGGUGCUGCAUAUGCAUAUAUGACAAAAUCUGAAAGAAGAGAAAAAAUAAUACAAGACUAUUUCUUUGAAUGCGAUUGUAUCGCGUGUGCAUUUAAUUGGCCAACGUACGAUGAAAUUUUGCAAAAACACAUUGGUUCUAUUAAAAAAAAUAAAGAGCUUGUAGAAAGAUUAAAACCUUAUAAGCAAAGAUUGGUAAAAAAUAUGUAUGAUAUUGAUGCAGUAAAGUCAGUCCUUGAUAUAUUAUAUAAGAAGGUAUCCCAGCCGUGUGAAGAAAUCGUACAUGCGGAACAAUACCUGAAGAGUUAUUACUUAGGUAAAUUUAAGUAAAUAGAGAGUGAACUUGCUUAUACUGGUUUAUAUUUGUAGCUUCACUUACUUGUGAGUUCUUAACACUAUGCUUUAUAUCCUGUAAACCACCUUUAUUUAAAUACUUCACUUUGUACACUCAUUUCUUGCUUAUAAAUCUAAUAAGGCUGCUUGUAAAUCCAUGGCUUAAGCUGGUUUAUAAUAAUUAUAUAUUAAUUGCUUGGGGCUGCAAGGGUAUGUAAAAAUGUAAUGUAUUAGACACUUAAAACUGGAACUCAAUUUCAUAAAUAUAUUUUCUUGUUUUUAGACCCAUAAAAGAGGCAUCAACAUCAUACUACAUUAUUAAUGAAAGACAUGAAAUAUUCCUAAAAACAUUUUAUUGAAGUUAUACAUGAUAUUUACCUAGUUCCUAAGAAAAUGUGCUUCUUAUACACAAUACAUUUGUAUAAAUAUUCAAACUAAUAGAAAUGUGUGUAAUAACAUAAAUAUGGAGGAAAAAAUAUAACAGAGAUAAUGAAAUUGA